AUGUUGAACUCAGCAGCCUGCAGACUUGACUGUCAGGUUGUGGGGCGUAGGUCCAGGAAAGGUCAUUUUCUGGAAAUUUAUGUGAAUUUACUUCAACAAGAUCCUCUCAUUCUCCAUACUUUGACACUCACUACAUCCAUCACACCUUUGCACAUUGCUGCACUCCUCGGUCAUGCCGAGUUUGCCAUGGUGGUGAUGCAAUAUUGUCCUCGAUUUGCCACAGAAGUUAACCAGCAAGGUCUUACUCCCAUUCACUUGGCCUCGGCAAACGGUCACUGGGAGAUUGUACGGGAUAUGUUGGCUUGCAAACCUGAUCUUGCUUUCAUUAAAGACAAAGAUGGAAAGAAUUUCCUCCACACUGCUGCCACUAGAGGAAGAAUUCAAGUCUUGAGAGAGGUAUUUUCAACUGAAUCAGCAAAAGAGCUUACAUCGAAUGGUGAGACUAUUCUACAUCUUGCUGUUAAACAUAAUCAAUACCAGGCACUAGAGACUUCAAUUCAGCUUGUUAAUCAACACCAAAUUGGAAACGAACUUUUCAAUGCCAAGGAUAAGGACGGCAACACCAUCCUCCACCUUGCUUGUGCUAGAAAAGAACCACUGAUGAUGAGACUUCUAGUAUCAGAUCAGACUAAUUUGGAUUUGGAUGUGAAUGUGGGCAAUUCAGAAGGACUUACUCCUCUAGAUAUCGUGGAGAGAUCGAUGAUAAGUUCCAAUGAAGAUCAACAAAUACAAGAAAUACUUAAACAAGCUGGAGCAGUGCCGUCAGGAAAGGCACGAGAAAAAGACUCGAGACAUUCAACAGGAAAAGAUAUUCUGGAUCCAGUAAAAAAUGGUAUGGGUAUUCUGGCAGCUCUGUUUGGCACAGCAUGUUUCCAAUUAGGAAUGAAUCCUCCAGGAGGUGUUUGGAGUGAAUGGGCCACUGGCACCAACCCCAAUAGUACUUUUCAUGCAGCCUCGGUUGACAAUAACAACAGUACUUAUAUGGAUUUCUGGUUUUCGAAAUUGCCAAUGACAAAGUUGGUAGGUCCUUCCCAUUUGAAAGUCAGUGAAGCUUGUCAACACAAACCUGGACUAUCAAUAAGGAUGGCUCUAGUUACAAAUGAUGCGGUGGCUCGAAAUAUCGCGUUUCAAGCUGUAAUUGUUGCUGCCGGCGUUCUAAUUGCUGGAAUUCCGGUUUCGGUGCCUAAUCUUUGGAUGGAGAACGGCACGCCGCUUGUUAUGUAUCUGAUUGCUCUGAAUGGUUCGAAGAUGCCCAUUUUGGGAGAGACAUUGAAGAUGAAGUGA